AUGCUCCUCGGUUUUCCACUAUCAAAAUGCAAUUUGAAGGGGAAAUAGCCACAAACAGCAGCUCGUAGACGUCUUAAUUUAAAGUUGGCCAUCGAGACGAUCGGUCUCGACAAUAGUCAUGGAGAUGAAGACGAACAUGGGCGCGCUGACGAAGCUGCUGCUGGGUAUCAAUAUCUUCGUCGCGAUGUCUAGUGGCGGCGCGCUGGGUGCGGCGGCGCUGGUAUGGCUGAACCCGGGCGUGCGGGCGCUGCUGCCGCCGGCCGCCGCCGCCGCGACGCCGCUGCUGCUGCCGGCGCUGGCGUCUGUCGCGCUCGCCCUCGCGCUGCUGCUCGUCGUCGCGCGACACACCCCGAAUGUACUCUACUCUUACGCGGUGCUGUCGUUUUCUGUGGCGUGCGGCGCGGCGGGCGCGGGCGGCUGGCUGGCGCUCGUGCUGGCGCGCGCAGCGCUCGACAACAAGUGGCGUGUGGCCGCGUCCGGCGCCCGCGUCAUCGCCAGCACCCUCACCGGCGGACUCAUCGGCCCCGGCCACACCGCCACCACCUACGUCGCCUACUCGCUGAACAUUAUUGUGGGGGCGGCGUGGGCGGCGCUGACCGGCCUUGCGCAGGUGGCGGCCGCCGCGCUCGCCGCCGUCGCCGCGCGCCGAGCCGCCCGCAAAGUCGACGUUCCGCAAUCGAUAUAAGAGAUGAGAAGUA